CGACGAACGUGAACUACGACGUCACUUAGUUUUACAGCUGUUUUUAGUACGCCAUUCUUUAAUUUACAGUCGCUUUACGUAUAAUGGUCGUUUUAUUAAUCUCUUAGAAUCCAAAACAUCGUUUCAUUUACGUUUUAAUUAAAAAAUGAGUGCAGGAAUGCCGGAAUUGGGUUCAAAAAUUAGUCUAAUAUCGAAGGCCGAUAUUCGUUACGAGGGCCGGUUGUUUACUGUUGAUCCAGAAGAAUGCACGAUAGCCUUGGCCUCAGUGAGAUCCUUCGGUACGGAAGAGCGGGAGACCAAGUUUCCCGUUCCGGCACAGACUCAAGUUUACGAUUACAUUUUGUUUCGCGGUUCGGACAUCAAGGAGAUACGUGUCAUCGACAAUGUUCCCACCCUACCCAACGAUCCGGCGAUCAUGCAGCUGUCGGUGCCGCCGUCGCUCGGCCAGCAGCAGUUUCACUCGCAGGGAUACAUGCAUCCGGUCCUGGGACCGAUGGGCCCGCCAAUGGGACAGUUUAAUACAGGUUACGCCGCGCCGUCCGGGCUAGCUCCCGGCGGCAUGGGGCUCGGCCCGGGCCCGAGAAACUUACCGAACAAACAGCCAAGUGAGUUAAUAAUGUCAGGACCCGUAACCCUACCCGAUCUGUCUCCCGCCGUUGAACCGCAACGACCUACCGAACAUGAUUUAAUCGGGGGCAACUCGCGGAGUACAACCCCGGCGAGUCUUGGAUCGCGAAAAUCGCCAACGGCAGAUCAAGCCGUUCAGGCGACAGGCGCGAGUAAGAAGGACGACAAGCGGGUGACGCGUCCCAUUCAACCUCCCGGACGUAAUUUGCAAAGGGAUCGUAGAGACUCCAGAGGAGAACAGUAUUUGGGCGAGCCGUCGAGGACGCAAAACCGGCCACCCCCAAAUCGCAACAACCAACAAGUCCAAGGCUAUCAAGGUCAUCCUCGAAACCAAGCGCAGCAACAAGGCGGUUGGGGUCAAUAUCCGCGCGGGCAGCCUAGAAGUAAAACAAUUCGUCCGAGAGGAGCGUCGGGCGGCAGCGGCGUCGGAAGUAACCUAAACAAUUACAGACAAAAUCAGCAGCCCGCGCAAUCGGCGAGCGCGAGUAAACCGAAAAACACUCUAAAGUUCGAGAACGACUACGAUUUCGAACAGGCGAAUACUCAAUUCGAGGAGCUUCGAAGUCAGUUGGAGAAGGUGAAAAUUAAGGAGAACAAGCCGGAGGUAAACGGCGAUAACGAGAAGAAAGACGAUUCGGGCAACGAAACGGGCGCGGGCGAGGGCGAACAGGAGGAGGAGGAUCCCAUCUACUACGACAAGAAUAAGUCAUUUUUCGAUAACAUCUCGUGCGAGGCGGUGGAACGGUCGAAGGGACGAUCGCAAAGGACCGAUUGGCGCGCGGAGCGGAAAUUGAAUUCGGAAACCUUUGGGGUAUCGUCGACGAGGCGUAGCGGAUAUCGCGGAAGGGGCGGUUACUACAAUCGGGGAGGAUACAGACCUGCUUACAGAGGCGGAUAUCGAAUUCAAGGUAAUCAAGGUAAUAAUCGUAGGAUGUAUCCCGAUGUUCGACCUGUCCAAGUUCAAAAUCAGCAACCAGCACAAGCUAGUAAUACAAACAGCAACGUUCAACCGUCUGUACCUUCCGUACCUGUAUCUGGUAAUUAAAUUGAUCUGACUUUGUGUGCUAAGUGCUGACACAGGACCAGUGAAAACUUUUCUAAUUUAAUGUAGCUGUAGAAAUGAAGCAAUUAAUUUGGAAGGAGUUGUGAUUUUGAAUCCACAUUGCGAAGACUGUUUUGUUAAUAACAAUACAAAUGAAAGAUAAAGUUGUGCACAACAAAGUGCGCAAAUUAUUUUAUUCACCGCUCCAAAUGUUUUUUAAUUUUAUACAAAUCUUUUUUGUUUUUCCUGUUGUCAGUAUUACCUGUGACUUGUGUUAAAAAAAGAUGCAAAUAAUGAAUCAUUCUAUUUACGUUCGUGUAAAAUUGUGCAGCCACAGUGUUUCGCUGUCACUGCAGGGUAGAGAGUAAGGUUUCAUUUUGUUUUUUUUAUACUAAAUAAAUAAUUAAUUUUUCUUUA